AUGGCUAAUAUUAGACUCUUGGCACUUUGUCCAGGACUGUUACCAGCACUUAGCUCCGACUUUUUCAGUCUGCUACUGGAUCCUCUGGGAAUCAAUCCGAUGGACGGAGAACUAACAGCAAAUUUUGGACAUGUAGGGCGAUGCAGGCAAAGUCAUAGAAGUCGAGGUUUGGCUAAGCUCAAAGAUCCAUAUGAUAUGAAGACAGCCGCAAUUUGAGGCCUGCCUGCCUUCUGCAGCAACUUGAUCUGAUACUGUGAUCUCUAAAAAAAGAAGAAGACUCAGCAUUUAUUGGAAGUGUGAUGCAAAGCCUUCCUUCUUCGGAAAAAAGACUUUCCUGGCAACCGCAGUGAGACUUGAGCAAUCUUCAUGGACUCUCAUUGUUGGAAGAAUAACUGUGACGAUUGACUAUUAAACACGGCAAGAACUUUCAAACAGAUAACACAUGGGCUUCGUCCAAUUUUAUUUUGGAUGCGUUUCGCAACCCUGGGAAACAGUGAAUUGCUCAUUGUGGUCAUUUCAAGGACUUGAGUGGAGAUGUUGGUCCAAUUGCUGAUGGUAUCAGAAAUAGAUGGGCUUCAGGGGCUCUGCGUUCAUACCUUAUUUGGGGUUGCCCCUGCUGCUUGAGACUUCACACUCUCCCCGUGUCACUGGCUGAGAAGAGGUGGAUCUGGAUUUGUCACAGAAAGACAAGAAGAAGCGGAGCCUAAAUGAAGCUAAUCUGAGCGAUCCGUGUCAUGAAGACACGGAGGGGGGGAAAGUAAUGGUAGAUGAAGGGAGGAUAGUUUGGGGGCGGUGAUCUUGUGCAGCCAAUGAAGAACUAGCCGGGAGGAUUCCAGAGAGAGCGACGGACGAGUCUGGGCCAACCGGUUGGACACUUCCAGAAGAGGCUGCGGCGGACGCAGAGGAAGACGGAGCGAGGAGGCCCCCAUCAAUCUGCCAUGCGUGUUUGCACAGGAGCUUUUCAUUAGAAGCUGCGCUUGGGGAUGGAACAAGAGAACAAGCGAGACUCUUCGGAGGCAAGAAUGAAGGCGCCUCCCAAGAAUCAGGGACGCACGGACCAGAUGUUGGGAGCCAUGGCUGACAUGCUGACCUCGGUGGCAUUGCCCAAUCAAGCUUGGCUGGUGGAGGGCGGCGAGGCGGACCUCCCAUCACGCAGAGAGGAGAGGGGGCCCGUCCAAGGCCGCUGGGAGCCCGAUUGGGAGCGCUGCCGAGAAGGAACAGACUCGUAUUCGACGGCGGCAGGCAGCGAGGGGAGCAUCUCCACCUCUGUGGCAUCUCUGCCUCCCCUGGCUUCCAGCAGCUCGGCGCCCAGCUCGCCCGGCUCCAAGCGCUCGGUGAGCACGCUGAAGAAAUGGCUGAGCAACCCCGUUCGCAAGCUGAGCGUCGGGGCCAAAGGCGAGCGUCAGAUCCGCAAACUGGAGGGAAAGACUCCUCCUUUUCCGUCCCGCAGUCCGAGCCAGGAUCCGGGCGGCUCCCUCAGGCCCGACGAGCCUCGCGCCAUCCUGCCCGUCACGCAGACGGAACUGGAGUGGAAAGACGGACUGGCGAGCCCCGAGGAUCUGUCGCCCGCCACACUCCAGUCCCCCGCUUACAUCACUGACUCGCUCAUUGGCUGCACGUCUCUGCCUCACACGCAGGACACUCUGGACACCCAGUCCAGCUCGGUGGCUCCGGACGACAGCGGCUCCGUCCUGAUGGACGACACCUGCAGUCAGUGGUCCUCGGCCGCGGACACCGAAGAAGAACGGAGGAGCGCCCUUGAAAAAAGCUUGUACGUACUGCAGGAGCUUAUUGAGACGGAGAAGCAUUAUGUAGCAGACCUGGGCCUCAUAGUGGAGGGCUACAUGGCCACAAUGAACUCCAAAGGCAUACCGGAGGACAUGAAGGGAAAGGACAAGAUUGUUUUUGGGAACAUUCAUCAAAUAUUUGACUGGCAUAAAGACUACCUCCUGGGAGAGCUGGAGAAGUGUGUGGCCGAGCCAGAGCGACUGGGUCAGCUUUUUAUUAAACACGAGCGACGUCUGCACAUGUACGUGGUGUACUGUCAGAACAAACCCAAGUCGGAGCACAUUGUCUCGGAGUACAUCGAGACUUACUUUGAGGAAUUGCGUCAGCAGUUGGGUCACAGACUCCAGCUCAAUGAUCUGCUCAUCAAACCAGUCCAGAGGAUCAUGAAGUACCAGCUGCUGCUCAAGGACUUCCUGAAGUAUUCCAUCAAAGCCGGGAUGGACACGGACGAAUUGGAGAAAGCGGUGGAAGUCAUGUGCUUCGUGCCCAAACGUUGCAACGACAUGAUGAACGUGGGCCGACUCCAAGGCUUUGAGGGCAAGAUCACAGCCCAGGGGAAGCUGCUCCAGCAGGACACCUUCACCGUCACCGAGCAGGAUAGCGGCUUCCUGUCCCGAGCCAAGGAGAGAAGGGUCUUUCUCUUUGAGCAGCUGGUCAUCUUCAGCGAGCCCAUCGACAGGAAGAAGGGCUUCUCGCUCCCCGGCUACAUCUUCAAGAGCAGCAUCAAGGUGAGCUGCUUGGGGGUGGAGCCUCCCGCCGAAGGUGACGACGCCCGUUUUGUGUUGACGUCGCGCAAUCCCGACGGCAGCGUGGUGCGCUUCCAGUUGCUGGCCUCGUCCCCGGAGACGUGUCGGGCUUGGCUGGACGACGUGCUGCGUAUCUUGGAGACGCAGCGUAACUUCCUCAACGCCUUGCAGUCACCCAUUGAGUACCAGCGGCGGGAAAGCAAGUCCAAUAGUUUGGGGCGCUGCAUGAGACCCCCCGUGUCCACGGACGGCGCCCUGCGACCGCACUCCUCGGCUUCCAUCGACCGCCACAAGCUACCCUCCCUUCAUUCCCACAACAUAUCGCUGCCCGCCCUUCACCUGCCCAGUCAAGGUCCGGCCGGAGGCGCCGCUGAGACCUUCUUACGGCAAGAUUCGUGCCCUCCCGACUCGGUUUCUCCGUCGCACGUUCAGCUGACCUCGUCUGACUCGGCCAGCUGUGGGACAGUUUCCAACGGGCUCCACGCACCAUCCCCGCAAAGCACACAGAGAGCAGGCAACGGCUUCCGCAGGGCCCAAGCGGCGGAUUCCGGAAGCCAGGCUUCGUUUUCGGGUGCCUCGACCGGACGACGUCCGAGCAACUUGGCCCAGCUGGCUGAAGAUGACCUUUGAACUCGGAUGGCUUCCCUCUCAUCUUCUAGCCUGGCGUGAAGGCGACAGAAGGCCUUGCGUCACAACUUACUUGGGCACUCUUGAAGGAACUUGUAAUUGACUUUUCUUGAAAAACAAAAAAAAGGUGAAGAGCCGCAGGAUGUCGCCGGCCGGGCAAGGACAAUCAGCGUCGGGUGACAAUUCCUGCUUUUGACUUUGAAGGGUUUUGACUAUCAAAUGUUCAUUCCUAAUUGGGGAGGUCACUGGAUUGUGCCUUUCAGUUCGUACGCACCAAUGUAUGGACACUUUUUUUUUUUCCCCCGCCCCCUCCCUGCAUGAGAACGGAUGUGCAUGGACGUGCUCUUCCUGUCCUCUCUCCUAAUAAAUGCUGUGGUCCACCUGGCGGACGCUCUGCUGAGGCGCAGGAAACACGUCAAUGGUCAGCAUGACACCAAAUUCUUGGGCCAGUGAGCACGGAGCAUCUUGAGCAAGUAUACUCCCCAGACACCAAGUGCUUUGAAUGCGCUUUUGCAGGACAGAAAAUGACCUCUAGAGGGCGCCAAGCGUCGGACACUGCGAGGCUGCCUGUCGGUUUGUUUGCGCACUGCAAAAUUCUCUGGUCUAUCUUGUAUUUGAUUGUUUUUCUUUGUUGUUGUUGUUUUUUUAUUGCUAUUAUUAAUAUUAUUUUAAACUUCCUUCCAAAGCUGAAAAGUGACUUUUUAUUUCAGAGGACAGAAACAUGACUGUGAUGUCCAAGAAAUAAAAACUUGUAAUCAGUUA